AUGCAUAACAAUCCCCCAAUAUUUUCAACGAGAAAAAUCGAUUUGUUUGUACCUGAACGUGAAGAGCUUGCUUCAGUUUUACAAAAUGGACUUAGGUACCAUUUUGUAGAGGCUACAGUCGAAUGGGUGGAUUGUCCUGAUCUGACUCAAGAACCUUUUAAUCUUGCCACAUCAGGAUUAUGUGGUAAUGCGGUAAUUUUCGAAAUGAGUGGUAUGUCGUACCUGUUUCCAUCCCCGAAAUCGGAUUUCAUGUACAAUAUUAAAAGGAUUAUAAAAGAAAUUUAUAAUAUAUCCAAUAAUGGCUUGAUCAUUGGUGCAAGUAUUGGUCUACGUCUACGACAACAACAGUUUAUUCAAUUAGGCGAUCUUAUUAUGAACGCAUCAUUCUCACGAGUAACCGAAAAUGAUAUAGAAAUAAUAAACAAAAGCCGCCUUGCAUUUCUCGAUGAAACAACAGGAAGAUGUGCAUUAGAGUCGAUAAUUAAUUCCGAUCCUCAUUGCUAUCCACACGGCAAUUUUUUCAUUAGUGAAGGAAAGCCGGGACAGGUUCUUAAAGUGCGGGCUAAGAAACGCAUUGGUUUGCAAUUUUUAACGGCAUUACAGUAUUCACUUGAGAAGAAAUACUCCAGUGGUAUUUAUCCAAAACUAAUCGGCUUAGGUGGCACAUUUGUGAUGAAAAGUGGAAUAGCAAGGCACCACGUUUUGCCGUAUCAAUGGAGUAACACGUUAACAAACGCAAGAAGUAUUCGUAACUGGCUUCGUUAUUUUGACUUAAAGGCACCCUUGGUAGCGAUUGGCACGCUUCUCAGCGGUGUCGAGAGUUACGAAGAUGCUUGUGAACUUUCUGGUCUAGAUGUAUAUGGACUUACUGAUAUCCAUUUUCACGCUUUUUCCUCUAACGGAUCGGCAGGUGGACACUUUUAUACAGAUCUCGAAUCCAUGGAUCCAGUAGAAUAUUUGGGAUAUUUUUAUCCUGCGAGAAUAUUUAAUCAUGUCGAUCCACGACCUAGUUGCGGUGAACUGAUAAAUUUUAACGAUAUAAUGCCAAGACGAUCAUCUCAUAAUUUUAAUUAGAAUAGUAUUACUGAUGCAAUUAUUGAUUUGUUGUUCAUAAAUUUUAAUGUUAAUUUAUAUAGCUUUUCUUUAAGAUAUCUUACGUAUUUUUCUUUUUCAUAUUUUAUAUACAUAUUAUAUUUUUUUUCAUUUUUAUUUUUCUAUUUUAGCAGCUAUUUUAUAUUUUUGUAUUAUGUCUUUUAAAUAUUUUUUUUAUUAUUAUAAAAGAUCUAUUAUUAGUUGCAAAUUAUAAAAUGAAUUUAUUAAUCAAGACAA